CCCUAAGUGCUAUAGUUUGGCAACAGCCGUUUGGCGGUUGAACAUAGGAGGUGGAAUAUAUUUAUCUUUUGGUAAAUUUUAUCUCCAAUUAUUAAAUAGGUAUGGUUUAUUUUAUUCUGUUAUUGACAAAACUUGUUUUCCAUAUUAAUGCAAGUAACAAAAACUAGAUGUCGCCUUUGCAGAAACAAAAGUUUUCAAUAUCUGUGAUAAAUCUGUCACCAUCAUCCUGUCAAAAAUGUCAAUGUUGUGAAAUAUAAACUUAUACAAUUAUUCCACAACUACAAGAAAUCGAUAGAUAUUUAAGUUUAUUAAGUCGCAGACUGCCCGUAUUUUAGAUUAUAAAGAUGACGGAGGUUUUGCCAGCGGAGGAGGCGCGACAGGACCGCGUGGAAACCAUUAUGAAAGGCUUUCAAGUUAACUGGAUGAAUCUCCGUGAUGCAGACUCAGGAAAAAUAAUGUGGCAGUACAAUGAAGACAUGUCAAACCCAAACGUGGAGCACGAGGCCAGGGUUCCGAAGCGCAUCUUGAAGUGCAGGGUGGUGUCGCGGGAGAUGAACUUCAGCUCCGUUGAGGCUUUAGAGAGAUUUCGGUUGGAACAGAAAGUACUGUUCAAAGGUCGGUGCCUAGAAGAGUGGUUUUUCGAGUUCGGUUACGUGAUCCCCAACUCGACCAACACGUGGCAGUCCGUCAUAGAGUCCGCGCCCGAGUCGCAGAUGAUGCCCGCCAACGUGCUCAAUGGCAACGUGGUGAUUGAGACGAAGUUCUUCGAUGGCGACCUGCUGCUCACCACGUCGCGGGUCCGUCUGUUCUACGUAUAGGUGCAUUUAGUUUUAAUAGUUGUAUUGUGCAUUUAUUUAUUGGUUGUUAAUAAAUUUUAUUUUUACUGUAUUUAGAACCGUUUGGACUUUCAAAUGUACUUGUGUCUACGUAGUAACGAUGGUACAGUCACGUCUGAAAAUAUCGAUACGAAAAAUGUGGCAAAAAUAUGUAAACACUACUUUAAUAUAUGGGCAAUGAAGUCGUGUAUACAUAUUUUUGGCACUUUUUUCGUAUCGAUAUUUUCAGACGUGACCGUACGACAGUCGUGACUGGCAUGGCUCGGAAACCGGUUAAAUUUCCAAUCCGCAAUAUUUGGCGCAAAACCUUGUAAUUUCGGUUUCGUUCGUAAAACCGUUAUUUUUGAACCGUUUUUUGGGAAAACAUUUCCAUAAAGUUCUUGUUAGAUUAACCGGUUUAGAAAUAUAAAAACCGGUUUCUUAUGUCGGUGUCUUUGUUUACGCGGCACACCACCGGGCCGGACGGCCGUCGCGUCACUCGUCAAAUAAACCGGUUUAUUUAGGUUACAAUCAAGUUCUUAAAAAGUUCGCGUUCGGAGUAAAACCGAAAUAAACCGUUAUUUACCGCUAUUUUUAAGGCCUUGGAUACUACGUCGGUGGCAAAGAGGCAUAUAGCCAGAUGGUAAUCAAUCUCCGUAGCCUAUAUACACCUGUAACUCCUGAGGAGUUACAUGCGCGUUGCCGACCCUAGCACUCCGCACCCUCGUGACACUAUGAGUAGGGUCUAGUUUUGUUUGGCUGCUUUUUUCUAUAGGGUUCCGUGUAAAAGAGGCUACCACACUAAGAGCAAUAGAAACCGUCUAAGCUAACCUUGCACCGGCUUGAAUAGAACGAAAUGAUGGAGUGUCAUUAUAAAUGUAAGAUUUUCAUAGAAAUUUGACAUUAACUUUUCGAUGCCGUGUCAAACACAAAUGCCUUAGAGCUUACCCCUCUGUCGAAAAUCUCUGUCAAUGGUCAUACUUAUAGCAUGGACUGACGUUUAUCUGACGUGGCUAUUUGUAAGUUACGUACGUAUUACAUUUGACGUGCCCCUCCGCAAUCGGCAGACUGAAAAGAAAAUUACAGACAAGGCGUCUCCGGUUGGUUCAAUGCUCUAAGCAAGCUGCCUCGGACGCCACGUCACCGAUGCCAAAACUGAAAUUGAACUAAGCAUAUGCUCGUCUAUGUUGCUCUGUGGUCUGUGACGGAUUAAUCUGUCUUCGGCGUUGGACUUAUGGUGCGGAUAUAUCCGUCAUUGGCGCACACACACACACUUUGUUUGCUAAUAAAUGUCAUUGCUUGGUUCGACUCUACAACUGGGUGUUUUUGUAAAAAAAAAUGGUCCCAAUCAUUAAAUAGUAAAUAUAAACCUCAAAUUUACUUUACUUUGUUACUUUUUUUUGUAAAUCGUAAAGUUACUCAAAGAGUCUCAAGACCUGCCUCAAAAAAUUUUUUUUGCUAUUUUGCCUAAAAAUAUAGGUACUAAAUUACCACAAAAGCUCUUAUUUUAUAUUCGUUCAAAAGAUACUUAAAUACAUAUGAAACACCCAUACGAACAAACAAACAAACAUUUAUUCAGCAUAUAGGUACACUUUUACAUGUUAAUUUUUUACAAUCAUAAAAAGAACAAAAUACAAUUACAAAUAUGAUAUGAUUUGUUAGAGAUGUAUACAGUCUCUAAUUGUCGAAUUACACAAAAAAAAAGAUAAACACAAAAGCCAACCGUGGGUCAAUUAAACCCGACAGACUUUAACCACGCAUUCCUGAGGUCAAAAGGAGCAAAUAAAAAAUUAUGAGUUUUAGCCAAUAUCGCAAAAAUAUUUUUUUUGUCCAAAAAUUUUUUUUUGUUUUUUUUUUUUUGCACACUACACGUUAUUUAUUUAUACAUCUUGGUAAAAAAAAUACAACGAAUAGGUAAGUAAAGUGUUUUUAUAUUUACAAAUAAUAAUUGCAAGUUCUCUUUAAAAUUUUUAUGUCUGUCAGUAGGUAUGUCUAAACCAAGUCUCAUAGUGGCAGCUUCACAGCUAAAAAGGCGUUUUUAACUAAGUUAUAUCAGAAACAAAUUUUCACUAAAAUGGACAUUAUAUCUAAAAUACAUUUUAGUCUCUAACGUGGUCAAGAAUACACCUGGAUAAAAUCUGUCGGAUUUAAUUGGCUCACGGUGUAUAAUUUUAUUGUUAGCCCCUAAAAUGUAAUUUUUUAAUUUCCCGUCCUGAUAAAUAGGUAUGAUAUAGUUUCAACAUUUUAAUUAAGCUGCUGUCUAACCGGCGGCGAUUAGCCUGAUUUCUCUACGUACUCGAUAGCAGCAGUGUGAACAGCGAAGCACGAUAAAUACAAAUUAUGUAUCUCUUACACGGAACCAAUAUCAACGCGUACGUCACUCGUGUGAGAUAAUAGUCGCCAGUCGCCUUCUCGCUGUCGGUAGGAUGACUGCCUUAGUUAUAAACUGAUUACCAGUUCGCCGGACGAUAUCGGCCUGUCAGUUAUUCGCAAAAGCUGACAAUCGCGUAUAACUGACAAGCCGAUAUCGUCGCAAUCAGUGGGCCCCUUAAGUAUUAUCAGCUCCUUUCGGGUAUUCUCGGCUCCAUUCGGCUCGGCAUUGCUCCGAGCAAUUAGGGUUGGCACAACUUGACGUUCCUAUGCGUGCACGACCACAGAUAAGAUAAUGACUUGAUUUUGACAACCCUAAAUAGCCGAAAGUGUGUGCCAUACAUUAGAAAGGGACAGUAUGAUUUGUCCUUGAAUCGCUGUCAAACUUCGGUUUUGUAAGAAGUGUCAUUUCUGUACUAUUAUGUAUUGUGUAGUAUUAUAAUGUAUGUCACUUAGUAAGUAACUUAGGACGUGGUGCACUUUAGAUAUAAGUAGAUAUAAUUGGUCAAGCAAAUAUUGUCAGUAGCGAAAGGCGGCAAAUUUGAAAAAUCGCGGGUUAGCAACA